UGUCCGCUUGCGGCUUCUCCACCCAAAGCCGCGCAGCCAAAUCCGAAGGGUAGCGGAGGACGGGGACGACGCCAUGAGCCGCGCGCUCCUCUCCCACGUCCUCCACCGCCCGCCGCACUUCGCGUACACCUGCUUAAGAAGGAGUGGCGUUGGUGCCCGAGGAGUGCUCGCUUCUGGCAUCCACCCACUCCGUCGUCUCAAUUGCAGCGCGGUUGAAGCCGUUCCCGGCCCCACUGAGGAGGCGUCUGCUCCUCCGGCAAGGAAGAAAAGAGUAGUUUCUGGUGUACAGCCAACUGGAUUGGUUCACCUUGGAAAUUAUCUAGGUGCGAUUAAGAAUUGGGUUGCACUUCAGGAUUUAUACGAGACAUUCUUUUUCAUCGUGGAUCUUCAUGCAAUUACUUUACCAUAUGAGGCGCCACUGCUUUCUAAAGCAACAAGAAGCACUGCUGCAAUAUAUCUGGCAUGUGGCGUUGACAGCUCCAAGGCUUCUAUCUUUGUACAGUCUCAUGUCCGUGCUCAUGUUGAGUUGAUGUGGCUAUUGAGUUCUUCUACUCCUAUUGGCUGGCUGAAUAGAAUGAUCCAGUUCAAAGAGAAGUCUCGCAAGGCGGGUGAUGAAAAUGUUGGGGUUGCACUUUUGACUUAUCCUGUUCUAAUGGCUUCUGACAUCCUUUUGUACCAGUCCGAUCUGGUACCUGUUGGUGAAGAUCAAACACAACAUUUGGAAUUAACUCGUGAAAUAGCUGAGCGUGUAAAUAAUCUUUAUGGUGGAAGAAAGUGGAAGAAAUUGGGAGGGAGAGGGGGGUUGCUAUUUAAGGUUCCUGAAGCCCUUAUUCCUCCAGCAGGGGCUCGUGUUAUGUCCCUAACUGAUGGUCUCUCCAAGAUGUCCAAGUCUGCACCUUCAGAUCAGUCUCGUAUUAACCUUCUUGACCCAAAAGAUGUGAUUGCAAAUAAGAUCAAGCGCUGCAAAACUGACUCAUUCCCAGGUAUGGAGUUCGACAACCCAGAGAGGCCGGAGUGCAGAAAUCUUCUCUCCAUAUAUCAGAUUAUCACUGGGAAGACUAAGGAGGAAGUUGUUAGCGAGUGCCAACACAUGAACUGGGGUGCAUUCAAGACUAAUCUUACGGAAGCUCUAAUUGAUCAUCUGCAGCCUAUUCAGGUCCGUUAUGAGGAGAUAAUGUCUGACCCAGCCUACUUGGAUAAUGUUCUUUUAGAAGGAGCCGGAAAAGCUGCUGAGAUAGCAGACAUCACCCUCAACAAUGUUUACCAAGCCAUGGGUUUCUUGCGUAGAUAAUAUAUGGGUCAAAACAAUUGUUUGGGAGCUUUUAUCGAACCUUUGGCUUCGAGCUUUGAGCCAUGCUUCACAUUAGGCGCUACCGUUUUCGCACACGGACCUGCUGCUUGUGCAGGGCCUUCAUUUUACAACUUCAACUCCCUUUAAGUCGUCUCAUGAUUUCCUUAUCAUUGAUUUUUUUUAAAAGGAGGAAAACCUCUGCUUUUAAGAAAGCAUAUAGUAGCAUCCUUAUCAUUGGUUCACCUGAUAA